GCAUGUCAGCUCCGCCUCAACGUCAAUGUCAGCUUCUUCCCUUUCUCACUCUCGCCUACUUCACCUCAACCUAACAAGAGUGUAUCCUAUAUUCAGUCGGCAUAUGUGCACUAUAUACUUCCUUUGGAAUCGUCCCCUGCUCGUCUCAUAAUUGCAUGAUAGACGCACAGUCACAUGAGGCUGCAGCUUGUCUCCAUCCUCCCAAGUUCACAAUGGGCCAGUCACCCUCCACGACACGGCAGCGUGGUGAUUUUGAGAAGUUCUUACACCUCGAUUAUGAUGUAAGGUUCAUGAUUUGGCGACUUUCGCUUCCUGGUCCACGCAUUGUCGAAGUUCAGCAUUCCCACAAUGUUGAGGAUCCGAGCUGGAUAUCAACAUGUCAUCCUCCUCCAACUUUACAAGUCUGUCGAGAAUCGAGAAUGAUAGCUCUCAAGUUCUACACUUUUUGUCAUAGUGACAGGAUGAGAGUAUACCUAAACCCUUCCAUCGAUACAUUGUAUUUCGGUCCGUUUGCCAAUCAACAUGCGUUUGCUGAGUUCGUCGAGCAUGCCGAUCCGGAUGAUUUGUUGUCUCUUAAGAAAUUGGCGAUCAACGAGAUGUACCUCCCGACUUGGCGAAGUGGUCCACCAUGGACAACAUUUCCAUCCAUUGGUGAUUCUCCUUCGAAAAUUCUAACAGGUCUCACGAGAUUGUUAAUUGGGGUUGAGAUUGAGAGUGAAGGCUACCCCAAUACAGCCAAACUUCAUGCUGUCACCUGGGAGGGUUGGCUGUUUGGAGGAGGUCCAUGGACAAAUGAAGAGAUGGAAACUUUAAAUGGCAAUGAUGAUCCAAACUUGAUUAUGUCAGCGCAUUCUUGGGACGGUCAUCUGUUCCACAUAGACACUAGAGGAUUCGUAGCCGCGUACUCUGGCAGUAUGGCUUUCCAAACUGCAAUUGAGGGACACUUUCGUCACAAAUUGCUCAAAUUUUAUUAUCCACCAGAUCCUGAUCGGCUGGGUCUCCGGAAGCAGAACCGCCCUCACUUGACUUCUCGGAUACUACCGCCUGAUAGCUACGUAUGGAGCUGGUACAGAAGAGUCUACAGAGCGGUUGCGAGAGCUGAUGCCCGAGUGAAGAGAAUUUUCGAAAUGCAAAAGAGAGAGAAUCCGUUGAAUCUCGAUAUUUGGGAUCCACCUAGAGUGGCUUCAUUUGUUCGACCAGCUGGGUCAUUUCUGUCGUGGAAACAAUGUCUCGAGCCAGUUUUCGAUGCUUGGUGGUCAUCAUAUCAAGAUCUGACCCGCUUUGCCAUCGCGGGAAAAGGCAAAGGCAAUUGUAUAGAUGAACACGGCGAUAUUGAUAGCACAGUCAAUACAGAACAUAGAGCUUAGUCGAAAUUUCUUGACCUCUUCUGCAAAACAACUAUGUGAAGAUACAGGGCAACCUAUUACUUCCUUCUCCACCUCCCCCCAAGAGACUGAAGUCUGCACAAGAUACUAUACCGUCAGAUAGACUCCUUUCCCAACAUUAAGAUACGAAUACCCGGGAUGAGGUAGAACCAUACCUUCCUCAUAAGCUACCCGGAAUAUCAAGCCAGCCGCAGUGCGAUAAGAAUAUUGUAGUCCGUCUUGAGGAGAAGAAUGGAGGAUAUAGCUGGAUUGAGAUCGCCAUCUCCACAAUACUUGAAGACGACAUCCAGAGGUCAGAUCAUCAUAUAAUCCGAUGAAAUCACCUCACCUUUUCAUAAUUGUGUG